CCUAACUUUUUCUUCAUACAGUGAAACAGAAAAAAAGUAAUCAACACGUAAAGGAAAUCAAUAAUGGCACAGUGGAGAGAAUUCUGUGGUUCUGCAUCCGGCAAUUUACGUUCCAUUCUGUAAUUAACUUUAGUAGUUUAGUCAAUACACUAUGUACAGAAGCAAAGAAAAAACAUGAAGGAAUUUAUUUAAAAAAAGGAUGGAUAGGCACAAUAGUUAAAGAAACCCAGUAAAAGUCCUGAGUGUAGACAAUUUUCAAAAAUGAUUCAGCUAGGGAAUUUAAAAUGUUACUAAAAACUGGUCAAAAAGUUCGUUUGGAAUUGCACAUCUCACUACUUUUAAGUUUUAAUAUUUAAAACCAAAACUUGAGAAAGACAUUUUGUGAUGGAUGAAACGAAUGACAAUUCGGUCGAUAUCCAAAUAAUUGCAAUGGAGGUACGUCGGAAAUACAGUGAAGGUUUGAAAGACCUGUUUUCGAAGUACAUUAAGCAAAAAAUCAAAAAGAUGGAAAUGGACAACAUAUGCCAGUCGAGUCCAUCCGAAAAAGUUCCCAUGCCAUCACUACAUACUCCCCCAAUAGAUGGUUACACUGCAUUCAAUGAUAAAACGGUUGCUAAUUUAAAAAAUUCGAUCAAGGAACAAAUUUUUGUACUCAAAAUUCACAAUCAAAAUAAAAAUUGUUCUACUGCUCAAAUCAUGGAUCAGUUGUAAGAAUAAAUAAGGGUUAAUAAUAA